GUCAAUUCGAUUAAGUAAUACAGUAUACCGAGAGUAAUUCAUUAUUUUACUGUAAGACGAAGCCGCCAAGAUGGCUUAUCCCUACGAGUUUGAAGGUUUUAUGAUUACCGAGCUAGGUAAAUACAAGGACUUUAAAAGACAAUCUUUCAAACCUAAGAUCUUCGGCGACAAUGACAUUGAUAUCGAGAUUGAGUGCUGCGGUGUUUGCGCCUCUGAUGUGCACACAAUCACCGGCGGAUGGGGCGAAGCUCCGACUCCGCUAUGUGUUGGCCAUGAGAUCGUAGGCAAGGCGGUUAAAGUCGGGCCUAAGGUCAAAGACGUCAAGGUUGGCGAUCGUGUCGGUGUUGGCGCUCAGAUCUGGUCGUGCUUGAAGUGCGGGCAGUGCAAGAACGCCAACGAGAACUACUGCCCGAGUCUAGUUGAUACAUAUGGCGCGCCUUACCCCAAAGAAGCUGAUCCGAACGAGACGAUCAGCCAGGGAGGCUAUUCGUCGCAUAUCCGCGCGCACGAGUAUUUCGUCUUUCCAAUUCCUGACGCUAUUCCGUCGCACUUGGCCGCGCCAAUGCUUUGCGCCGGGCUAACGGUAUGGUCUCCCCUAGUGCGAGCAGGCACAGGUCCAGGCAAAAAGGUGGCGAUAGUAGGGCUCGGAGGACUGGGCCAUUUCGCAGUGAUGUGGGCUAGCGCAUUAGGUGCCGAAGUGACUCUGAUAUCACAUUCGCCGCACAAGAAAGACGACGCGCUGAAGCUCGGCGCGAAGCACUUUGUCUGCAGCGGGGAUAAGGACUGGGAGAAGCCGCUGGCGUUUACGUUCGACUUCGUGCUCAACUCGGCGAAUAUGACUAACAAGUUCGACCUCAAGGCGUACCAGUCCAUUCUCAAGGUCGGCUGUCAGUUCCAUCAGGUCGGGAUACCCAACGAGCCGCUGCAGAACGUGACGCCCAAGAUCUUCAUGUCGAACGGCUCGAGUAUGGGGGGCAGCCACAUCGGGUCCCGCCCGGAGUGUCUUGAGAUGCUCAAGCUGGCGGCGGAGAAGAAGCUCUUCCCCAUGGUUGAGACGAUACCGGUGUCGGAGAAGGGCUGCGCGGAGGCGAUCGAGAGGGUUAAUAAGAAUGAUGUGCGCUACCGGUUUACGCUGGUAGACUACGACAAGGCCUUUGGUAGAUGAGCGUUCUAAUGGGUUGUAUGGAGUAUAUUUGUAUAUGAUGGUGACUUGGCUAGUUAGUCAACUCUAUAUAACUAUGAUAGUGAUUAACAUGUAUAUGCCGCUAUUUGAGUAUUUCUUGUUCUAUUCCGAGACCGAGACCAAAAGCUAGUAUAUUAUUGACGAUGGUGUUUAGAUUUCUUAGAACAUCUUCGCAGCACUCCCCGGCUCAUAACUCCUAUUAUGGCAACCGGGAGGUUAUGCUUAUAACGGCUUGGGAAUGCUCUUGUUCAAGUAUUUCAAGUAUGUAUUGGCUAUUAAAGGCUACCUAGUUGGAUUGCUUGAUGUUGGCAUUUAUUUAUGGGAGUUGACUGCUAGUUUAACGUGGUAACAUCAAUGGACUGAAUAAGUAUAGGUCGAACUCGGGUUUGAC